AUGUCGGCACUCAACGCUAGAAUAACAGACCUAGCGGAUGACCUUCGGGUGCUUCACAGGCACCAGGCUUUUAGAAGCCAGAAUCGAAGAACACGCCAAGCGUUCGACAGAUUACCGGAUCUUGCCAGGGUCAGAGUGGCCCUUGUAGGGCAAAACGCCCUUACAGAACCGGGGACAUCGCGCGAGGAUUCUCAGAGCAUAGAUGUUAUGGUUGAGAUCGAGGGAUCAACACGACCCCUAGAAGACGCCAUGCAUCUCAUUCGCCAUAAAUAUAUACCGGAUCUUUGUGGGGAAAUUCCUGUAGCUGCAACAAGCAGUUAUCGUGGAUGUCAAGGGACGAAUGAGCCGGAAAUUCGCGAGGAAUUUUCGCAGGUUCGGAACCUGGCAGUGGCCACCUCGCUGGCCUCUCCCUCUACUACUUCGACUAUCACUCCUUCUGGUUCCCUCCGUCUCCACCGCUCUCAUUAUCAUCAGCUUAAGGAAGAACGGGAAUGGUGUUGA